CCUGGCUCCCAAGAUGGCGGCGCGCAGGGCGCGGAGGCCGCGCUGUCGCUGAGAGGCCCCGCGCUCCGGUGCGGCUCCCGCUCCCCGCGAGCCCUGUCCUGAAGUGACUUUCCGAAGACUUCCAUUUUUGAAAAUUUAAAAAGCAAAAACAGUUCUGUUUUAAUAAAUGAAGGAGAAUAAAGAAAAUUCCAGCCCUUCUGUAAACUUGGCAAACCUGGACCAUACAAAGCCAUGCUGGUACUGGGAUAAGAAAGAUUUGGCACACACACCAUCACAGCUUGAAGGGCUUGAUCCAGCUACAGAGGCACGAUACCGCAGGGAAGGGGCCAGAUUCAUAUUCGAUGUGGGAACACGUUUAGGGCUACAUUAUGACACUCUAGCAACUGGAAUAAUUUAUUUCCAUCGGUUUUAUAUGUUUCAUUCCUUCAAACAGUUCCCGAGAUAUGUGACAGGAGCCUGCUGUCUCUUCCUAGCAGGAAAGGUUGAAGAAACACCCAAGAAAUGUAAAGACAUAAUUAAAACAGCUCGUAGCUUGCUAAAUGAUGUACAGUUUGGGCAGUUUGGAGAUGACCCGAAGGAAGAAGUGAUGGUGCUUGAAAGAAUCUUACUCCAAACAAUAAAGUUUGAUUUGCAAGUGGAACAUCCAUACCAAUUUCUUCUCAAGUAUGCCAAACAACUCAAAGGAGACAAAAAUAAAAUUCAAAAACUGGUUCAAAUGGCAUGGACAUUUGUCAAUGACAGUCUCUGCACUACACUGUCCCUGCAGUGGGAGCCUGAGAUCAUAGCUGUUGCAGUUAUGUACUUAGCAGGCCGUUUGUGUAAGUUUGAAAUACAGGAAUGGACAUCUAAACCAAUGUACAGACGAUGGUGGGAGCAGUUUGUCCAAGAUGUCCCUGUCGAUGUUUUGGAAGAUAUCUGUCAUCAGAUCCUGGAUCUGUACUCACAGGGAAAACAGCAAAUGCCUCAUCAUACUCCUCAUCAGUUGCAGCAGCCACCAUCUCUUCAGUCUACACCCCAGGCACCUGCAGGACAGCAGUCACAGCAAUCCCAAAGUUCAGAGCAAUCCCAGACACAGCAGCAAAAAGAGUCGCAGCAGUCAGCACAGCAACAGCAGCAGCAGCAGCAAACACAGGCACAACAACCUAAAAAGCCCUCUCCCCAGUCAAGUCCUCCUAGACAGAUUAAAAGACCAGCAGCUGUAUCUCCAAAAGAAGAAACAAAAGCAGCAGAACCACCGCCACCAUCCAAAAUUCCUAAAAUUGAAACUUCACAUCCACCAAUACCUCCUGCACAUCCACCUCCAGAGCGCAAACCUCCUUUGACAACAGCAGUUUCAAUGGGAGAACCAGAGCAAUCUACUACUGUGGACUCAGUAGAUAUGCCAAAGGUCCAGAUUCCUCCCCCUGCUCAUCCUGCCCCAGUACAUCAACCUCCACCUCUGCCACAUCGUCCCCCACCCCCACCCCCCACCAGUUAUAUUACAGGGAUGUCUACUACAAAUUCUUACAUGUCAGGGGAGGGUUAUCAAAGUCUGCAGUCAAUGAUGAAAACAGAAGGACCAACAUACGGAGCUUUACCACCGGCCUAUGGACCACCAGCUCACCUACCAUACCAUCCUCAUGUCUACCCUCCCAACCCUCCACCACCAGUUCCGCCUCCACCCCCUGCCUCUUUCCCCCCACCCAACAUUCCACCUCCUACUCCUGGGUAUCCUCCUCCGCCUACAUACAACCCUAAUUUCCCACCUCCAAGACUGCCUCCAACUCAUGCAGUACCACCUCAUCCACCUCCAGGGCUGGGAAUGCCACCAGCUAGUUACCCCCCUCCUACUGUUCCCCCAGGUGGACAGCCACCUGUACCACCUCCAAUUCCACCACCUGGUAUGCCACCUGUAGCAGGACUUGGACGUGCUACAUGGAUGAGAUAGCAUGAGGUAAUUUGCACGAUAUACCUUUAUGUUGAUUAGGCAGGAGUAGAUAGCCAAAACCUACAUUGUAAAGAUGAAGAGGAGGGUAAUCUGUAUAAUUUAGAUGAAGACAUGAGAUUAAAUGAAAAUUUAGCUGAUCUGUUUGCAGUAUGGUUUAUGGUGAGUUAUAUAGGCUUCUAGAUUUUAAUCAGCUUUGCGGUAUCUAUUCUAACUUUAUACAUUUGACUUAAAUUUAAUUUGUCUUGACUUAUUCCAGCACUGGAUUACUUUGUACUAGCAAAACCAGCCAUAUUGGCUCAAUUAUAUCAGAAAGAAGAAAAUUUCCUUCUAGAAAUCAGUGCCUAUUUUUAAGUAUCAAAAUAGCCAGAUACUAUGAUAUUUGAUCUAUAGUAAGAAACUUCAUUUUUAAUAGCAAGUAAAACAACACGAUGUCAAGCAUAAAAGCUGCUUUAUUUAAGAGAGAUUUUGAAUGCUAGCUGACUGGAAUAAUUUUGAGGUGUUUGCCUUGCUGAUAGUUUUGGUUUGGAAUGUACUGGUAUCUUAAAAUAUUGUAUGUUUACACCUAUUUGCAAAUUCCUGUACAUAAUAUAUAUAUUUUCUAAGUGUGAAAGUCUGAAUGUAACAGCCUACUGUGAUGUACAUCAUAGUUAUAAAUGGGACUACUUUGUUCACUCAACCCAAAUAAAAUUUGUUCUG